UGGCGUCCGCAAAGCCUGUGGACCGCUGUGGUUUGUUACCCGUUUAAUUUAGAGCCGAGUGGAGGAUAGAUGGACGAUAACAUGGCAGUGCAACGCUGCCGCCGCCCGCUUCCUUGAUUCCGGAAUCUAACCCGCAACUUCAUGUCCGAAGGAGCCAGAGCUGCCUGGUCGAAGAGGGGUUGUGGGGAUUCGCACCGCCGAGAACCAGGGAAACAUAAACACAGGAAAUGCGAGCGGCCCCUUAGUGCUCAGCCGUCAAAGCCUGUGAUUGUUCGCCCGGGCUCCAAAAGGUGUGUUAUGUCGGGGGCAGAUGUGGAGGUGUACCUGUCCCAGGUGCACGAUGGGAGUGUGUCGUCGGGCUUCCGGGCGCUGUAUGAGGAGCGUCUGCUGCUGGAUGUCACACUGUUGAUAGAGGAGCACCACUUCCAGGCCCACAAGGCGCUUCUGGCCACCCAGAGCGACUACUUUCGGGUCAUGUUCACAGCAGACAUGAGGGAGAGGGACCAGGACAAGAUCCACAUGAAGGGGCUGACAGCCGCUGGGUUCGGCCACAUUCUCCGAUUCAUGUACUACGGCUCUCUGGAGCUCAGCAUGCCCACCGUCCAAGAGAUCCUUCAGGCGGCCAUGUACGUCCAGCUGACGGAGGCGGUGGAGUUCUGCUGCUCCUUCCUGCUCGCCAAGAUCUGUCUGGAGAACUGUGCCGAGGUCAUGCGCCUCCUGGAGGACUUCAGUGUGGGUGUGGAGGGUGUCCAGGAGCAGCUCGACAACUUCCUGCUUGACAACUUUGUCCCCCUUAUGAGCCGACCCGACUUCCUGUCCUACCUCAGCCUCGAGAGACUGCAGGCGUACCUGAACAGUGAUGCUCUGAGUCGCUUCCCAGAAAUUGAGCUGUAUGAAGCUGUCCAGUCGUGGCUCCGACAUGACCGGCGGCGCUGGAGGCACACUGACACCAUUGUGCAGUCCAUCCGCUUCUGCCUCAUGACUCCUGCCAACAUCUUUGAGAAGGUGAAGACCUCAGAGUUUUACCGUUACUCCAGACAGCUGAGGCAGGAGGUAGAUCAGGCGCUCAGCUACUUCCAUGAUGUCAACCAGCAGCCUCUGGUGGAGACGCGCUCCAACCGUAUCCGCUCUGUGCGCCCGCAGACGGCUGUUUUCAGGGGAAUGAUCGGUCACAGUAUGGUCAACAGCAAGAUCCUGCUGCUGCAGCGCCCAAAGGUGUGGUGGGAGCUGGAGGGACCUCAGGUGCCACUGCGACCAGACUGCCUGGCAAUCGUUAACAACUUUGCCUUCCUGUUGGGUGGAGAGGAGCUGGGGCCUGACGGGGAGUUUCACGCCUCCUCCAAAGUCUACCGCUAUGACCCCCGACAGAACUCCUGGCUACGGAUGGCUGACAUGUCUGUGCCCAGGUCGGAGUUUGCUGUUGGCGUCAUUGGCAAGUUUAUUUAUGCUGUAGCGGGCCGCACGCGAGAUGAGACUUUCUAUUCCACGGAGCGCUAUGACAUUACAGAGGACCGCUGGGAGUUUGUGGACCCAUACCCUGUAAACAAGUAUGGUCAUGAGGGGACGGUCCUCAAUGGUAAACUGUACAUCACCGGUGGUAUCACUUCCUCCUCCACCUCCAAACAGGUGUGUGUGUUUGAUCCAGGGCGGGAGGCAGGAGGAGGCGGAGGAGGAGGCAGCUCAGGUGGGUCAGACGCACACAGGACACGCGCCAGCCGAGGCCCACUGCUGCCUGGCACCCAUGCCAGCUGCUGGGAGAACAAAUCCAAAAUGAACUAUGCCCGUUGCUUCCACAAGAUGAUCUCUCACAACGGGAAGCUGUACGUGUUCGGAGGAGUGUGCGUGAUCCUGCGAGCUUCCUUUGAGUCGCAGGGCUGCCCAUCCACCGAGGUGUAUGACCCUGACACUGACGAGUGGACCAUCCUUGCCUCCAUGCCCAUUGGGCGCAGCGGCCAUGGGGUGGCAGUGUUGGACAGGCAGAUCAUGGUGCUGGGCGGCCUGUGUUACAACGGCCACUACAGUGACUCCAUCCUCACCUUCGACCCUGAUGAAAACAAAUGGAAGGAGGACGAGUAUCCCAGGAUGCCUUGCAAACUGGACGGUCUGCAGGUGUGCAGUCUGCACUUCCCAGAGUAUGUGCUAGAGCACGUCAGACGCUGCAGCUGAGGUCUGCUCCACAACAAGCCUCCUUUUUAUAGAAAUGGAAAUGCACUGUUCAAGGCCUGAAGUCUCCCACUGGGAGAGCAGGUGUUUACAGGUGGGAGACUCGACUGAUGCACAGGCUUUUCAACUAGAGACCAGCACUUACCUUAAGGUGAGGAAAAGAUGGCGUGGGCCAUACAUUUGCUGUUCUUAAUGAAGCCAGUCGAAGCGUGGCGUGGUGAGACGCCACAUGUUAAAAGUCAGCUUGAACAUUUUCAGAAUUAGCUUUCUCAGAAAAUCAAGGAAAAUCAUUUGUGGGGAGAAAAAAAGGUUUCAUUUUGCUGGUUUAUGUUUCAGACUGUGGUCAGUUUCCUAUUCUACUACUCACUUACUGUAUUUAGGCUGUCCAGUCAGGCUUAUUGCAGAAACGCACUGGAAGCGUCAGAUUCAUGCAUUUACAAAGGGACCUGUAUUUAUUUUACUUCACCAGUCUUCUCAGUCUAGUCUGAAUUAGGUUUCUCUGCCUGCACCCUGAGAUUUCAUCGCGUUGAUUAAUCUAUUUAAAGGCAAACAAACAUUGUGUAUAAUGUUAAUCAAGGUGCUUUUAUUAAGAAAUAGGUUAGUGAAAGCCAAAACUAUUUCAAACAAUCAGAAAAUGCCCUAUAAGAUAUAUAUCUGCAAGUUAAAUCAUACAAUCAGGUAUAUAAAGACAAUAUUAACACUAUAUAUACUGUAGUGUAGCUAAUCUUAUAGCCAAAUAUACGAAACAGAUUCUAGACAAAGGCCAUUAAACAGAUACCAUGUUGUUGCAGAUGCUGCUGAUGCUUCAAUCUGCUACCAGCUGCAAACUGUCAGAUUACUCAUUCAUAUACUCGCUUCCAGUGCGUUCCAGCUUUUAGUCCUAAUUCUGCUCUUUACUCCAGAUAUCCACCAUACUGUGGUCAUGUUCAUAUAACAUCACUGUGUCUUUCUGUGUCCCUUCUUCUUCCUCUGAUGUGUGUGAGAGAGAGAGCUGAAUGAUGGAGAGGAAAAAACAUAACACUACAUAGCACACGAGGGUUCAUUUGUCAUUCAGUGAGGAUGUCAUGAUGGUGACUCCUACACAGCAGGUUUUUUUUUUUUUUGCAUAGGAAGUAAAGAUCUUUCUGUCAGAGCAGCUCUGUAUCCGUCUCGUCACUGGCAGUGCUUUACUCUCAUCUACAUUCCCUGCACUUUGUUUUGGGCUCUUGUUGUGGCUCUUGGGUGUAAAUGCACUGUUCUAUCCUUUCAAACCAGCUGUAGUAUUACAGCAUGAUGUUAUCUUACAGGCAUUUAGCAGUGUCUGAAAUUAACCUCUGGCUGAGAAGUUAAGAUGAACAAAAAAUGCACCCACCAUGAAUUAUACAGCUAGUUAAAAUAUUUAAGAAACAUUGGGCCUCAUUGUGGAGGAACAUUUUCAUUUUCUUAUCCUAAACUGGAAAGGUUUCAUUCACAAAAAUGUUGCCAAAGAGUAGAGAGAAAACUUUCACACUGCGUAGCUUCAAGUCCUGCUCUUGGAAAUGAGCAAACAAAUGUAAUUGUGUCAGUGUAGUGUUAUUAAAGGAUUACUUCAUGUCCCAGAUGAUAAUUCGUAUGUUACUUUGAAUUCAUGAAGAAAACUUUGCAUGCCUCCAUGGUAAACAAGGGAGAAAAUUCCUCAUAAUGGAAGUAAAUGGGAACUGUCUUUAACAACAGCAAAACUAUAUCAAGACAUCAACACUCACACAACUUGUGCAAUAGUAUCUAACUCAUUUAUCUACUUGUAUGCUCAGUACUUCCCAAAAAUAAAUUUUUUUUCUAAAACCUCACUAUUUAUAACACUUUCCAUAAAAGGUCUUAUACAUGGACCAGUAGCGUGCCUCCGCUGUUAAUGCAGAAGUGUUUUAAAUACUUAGGUUUUAGUAAAAAUGCAUGUUUUUGGGAAGUACUAUACAU